CCGACACAAGAGGAAUACAAGUGAAGAUGAAAGUUACUCUGCUAGCUAUUGUGGCACUCACUACAGUGGUUAGCCUGGUGGGAGCCGCCGAUCCUGAAUGCAUUUACCGCAAGAUACGCGGCCUCUCGACCCACUGGCCGAAUCCUAGGAGCUGUUCCAGCUACUAUCGCUGCUCCAACAAGAGCACCGUUCGCUCGGUGACGUGUCCAGCGGGCAAGGAGUACAACCCAAAGACCGGCAAGUGCUCCAGCGCCAAGCGCGGCCUGUGCAAGCUGAGCCUUGCGGCUCCUCUUGCUGAUGCCGUCAAUGUGUGCUCCACAGAGGUAAAUGGCGCCUACUUGGCCAAGUCUGGUUACUGCGGCGAAUUCUACAUCUGUGACGAGCAGACUGCCUACCCACAAAAGUGCGAGUCCGGCAGCUACUUCAAUCUCACGGAAAGCGCCUGCGUUCCGGAUUCGGAUGAUUCGUGCUGGCAGAACCUGUGCGUGGGUAAGGCCAGUGGCGCCUUUAUCUCCAACCCUGAAAGCUGCGGCAGCUACUAUGUGUGCUCGGACGCGGGUGCCACACUCCAAACCUGCCCCCAGGGCAGCUACUUUGACACCUCCUUUGCCGCCUGUGUGGUGGAUGAGGGAAACUCCCAUUGCUGGGUCAACUACUGCAUUGGCAAGAGCGAUGGCUCGACUGUGGCCGAUAAGAGCAACUGCUCUGUGUUUUACGUGUGCUCCGAUAAUACAGCCACCUAUCAGGUGUGCCCGGAAGGUAGCUACUUCGAGAGCAAUAACUGGGAAUGUGUUCCUGGAACUUGUCCCACGGAGCCCUGCGAAGAUACGACCACCACUACGGAGCCCUGCGAGGAGGAUACCACCACGACCACGGAGCCAUGCAAUGAGGAUACCACCACUACCACAGAAUCCCCAACUGGCUGCGAUUGCGGUGCCAUCAAGAACGCCGAGUUCAUUCCUGAUCCUGAAAACUGCCGUAAGUACUUCAUCUGCAUCGAUGGCGUCCUGGUAGCAGGAGACUGCGGCAAGGGCAACCUGUUCAACUCCACCCUAACCGUAUGCAUUGUGGACGAUAAAAACGAGUGCUGCGUGGCGGACUGCACAGAGGGAGACAUGAAGGUGAAUGUCCAGGACUGUACCCAGUACUUCAAGUGCCAGAAUGGCGACUGGGUGGCCGAGUCCUGUGCUCCAGGCAGUUAUUAUAAUACCAACCUAGACGUAUGCCAAGCGGAUAUCGAUGGAGUGUGCAUCGACUCCACUACUACCACCACACCCAAUCCUCUCUCGACCAGCACUGCAAUCCCAUCAGCUGGCCAGUGCAAUGCUCGUGAUCCGCCAGCCAGUGGCAAGAACUGCUGGAGCUACUCGGCCUGCAUCAAUGGCCAGUGGCAGGAGGAGACUUGCCUCAACGAUUAUUACUUUGAUGCCGCCACGGGCAUUUGCCGCGAGGACACCAACAAUGCCUGCCCUGAGAACAGAUCCAGCGGAUCGCGCCAGAAGAGAAGCGUUGACCCGGAGCCAACGGACUGCAACUGCGAGGGCGGAAUUGAGCAGGGCAGCAUCGUGGCCCAUCCCACCGAUUGCGACAAGUAUCUGACCUGCGAAAAUGGCCAGCUAGUGGAGGGAACCUGCGGCGUGGGAAAUGUCUUCAAGAACUGCAGCGGCGUCUGUGCUGUGGACACUGGUGCCACCUGCUGGGUGUGCGCCAACAAGCCCAAUGGCUUCCAAAUGGUCAAUCCCACUGACUGCACCAGCUACAUAACCUGCUGGAAUGGCCUGGCCACGGAGCAUACUUGUCCCUCUGGCCAGUGGUACACUGGUGAUGGUGAGUGUGCCAUUGAUGUGUCUGCCAGAUGCAUUAAUCCUUGCACCUGCGGCACCGGCAAUGUGGCUCAUCCCAUUUGCACGGAUUACUAUCAAUGCCUGGAUGGAGUUGCCCAGGUGGUGGAGUGCCCCACUGGCCAGGCCUUUAACUCGUCUAGUGGUCAGUGCUCCGCUUCGGUGGAGUGUUCGGCUUUGAAUUGCGCCACUGCCAGUGAUGGUACCACAUAUCCAGUGGCCGGUGACAGCAGCAGGUUCUAUAUAUGCCUCAACCAGCAGGCCACCAUCGCAGCCUGUCCAUCUAAUUCUGUAUAUGAGGCCAUUUUGGGUAUUUGCCAAAUUCAACCGAGUUGCCAGUGCGACCAAAGCUUCUGCGCAACUGCCGCCGAGGACAAGACCUAUCCCUCUCUGGGCAAUGACACCUCCACCUUCUGCAUUUGCCAAAACGGCGGUGGUUAUAUUAACUCUUGUCCUGCUGGACUUUAUUACAAUGCCACCGAGGAGAUGUGCGAUUUCACUGGCAACUGUGAUCCCCAAGUCUGCACGGGAGAGUCGGAGUACUAUGUCUCCCCGGACUACCUCGACCCGAAUAGCUUCUGCCUGUGCCGCGCUGGCGAACCCAUAGCAGUGCCUUGCCCUAUUGGCUAUACUUUUGACUUGCAAGAACUAGAGUGCGUGCUCAUUCCUCAGCCAGAUCCACGUUGUUGCCGCAAUGGCUGCGUGGGCAAGGCGGACUACCAAACCCUUCCAGCCGUGGACACCACCGAUGGCUUCUGCAUCUGCGUGGAUGAGGUUCCGCAGUACAACAACUGCCCCGAUAACUCCAAAUAUAACUCUUCGCUGGGCAGCUGCGUGCCCGUCCCUGUCACUUGCCCUGUGAAUUCCUGCAAUCCUAACUUGUGCGAUAACACUGAAGACUACAAGGUGUACCCCGCUGAGGGCGAUUCAUCUGGCUUUUGCUACUGCCUAAACGACUGCCCAGUCUUCUUUGAGUGCCCCGAUGAUUGGGUCUAUGACGAAGAUCUAGGAGCUUGCCAGGAACCAGUGGAUCCUUGUGCCGUAGCCAAGUGCAAUGCCACCGAGUGUGACAUCCUCUCUGAAUACACACCCUAUUUGCCAAACGAUGGACUCGAUGGCUUCUGCUAUUGUGAGGGUGGAAUGCCCAUUUACAGCGAGUGUCCUGAGGGUCAGACUUUCGAAGUGUCUUUAGGUUUAUGCGAGACGAAAACGAAUGGCUGCGUCUCCAGCGACUGCGAUGCUAGCAAGUGCUCCUGCAUGGCUGACUACGAGGCCUUCCCCACGAUUAAUAACGACAGCUCUGCCUUCUGCUACUGUGAUAAUGGGGAAGUCAACCUGGGACAAUGCAGCCCUGAUAUGGUAUUCCUGCCUGAUCAAGGACGUUGCGGCGUCUUAGCGGCUUCCGAGUGCGUCUGUGAGGCAGGUAAAUGCGUCUCCGAUGACUACUACGCCUACGCCGCUUUGAACACCACUCAGGGCUUUUGUCUCUGUGUGGCCGGCAGUCCUGUAUUCAAGGAUUGCCCCGCCGGUGAGAGCUACGACAGUGCCCUCGGCAUCUGUCAGGUACCAACCGUCAAGAUCGUCUCAUCCAGCGCCUGUGAUGCCACCCGAUGCCUGACCCGUGAAACGGUCACCGCCGUCUUUGCCGCCUUGAAUACCACUACUGGCUUCUGCACCUGCGAGGAUGUGGGCCUAUCCAUUUUCCACCUCUGCGGGGAGGGUCAGGAGUUUGACAUUGUCAAGGGCUUGUGUGCCAUAAAGGAUAACAUCAUGAUGAUUGCUUGCAACCUGCAAGAGUGCCAUAAGAGAAGUCGCUUCGAGCCAUUCGCCGCCCAAAACCUGGAUACUGGAUUCUGCUCGUGCGAUGAUGAGGAGAAAAUCAGUGUGACCUAUCAUCCCUGCCCCGAUGGCCAGACAUUCUCGCCGGAACUGGGCCUGUGCGGUAGCCAUGCUAUCCAAAAGCGAUCCCUGGAGACGGAGGAAAACGUAAGGUCCAUGUCCUUGUUCAAGAGAUUCUUCCAUAAAAUCUUCUAAGCUAGGUCAAUACUAGCUCCUUGUAAUCCUUAAUAUUCUACCUAUGACAUUAGUUGUUAUUUAUGAGUUACGUUUAAUGUGAAUGUUCCGCUUGUUCCACUUCUAUACGUAUAAAUACCCAAUUAUAAUGUACUCUAACCA